AUGAGUGGGCCCGGACACCGAACUAUUGGCUUUAGCGACCCUGUAGAUGAAAGACGAGUUCGGAAGUACUGGAGACAUUGUUGUCUAUGCAUGAGGGACGUUCUGCGCUUUGGGAAAGAUUGUUUUCACGAGCAACUGUCAGCCUAUCCUGCAUUAGCAGAAAACCGAUGUUUGGACACAGGGGAGGGGGACCCGGUCAUCCACCGUAUACAAGAGCAGCGGAAUCUUCAACUGAUCCAGCCACACUCCCAAGAAAGAGAGAAAGGGCGCAAUAAAACCGUCGUCCCCUUAACCGAGAGGAUGCUGCUAGAAGACAGAAAGCAAUCAAUCAAGCAAGCACGCCUCAGGUCGGAGCUGAAAGCCACUUUACCGAUAGGUGAAGGAUCGAUAGCCACUCGACUAGAUAGGCAAGCAGCUCCUAAUCUUCCUUUUUGGGGAGGUGAAAGCCAAGGCAGGGAACGAGGGAUUAUAGGCUGA